UUUAAUAAAAUAAAAUAUAGUUUAAUAUAUUCAGCUUCGGUCGCUGUUUUGGAUUCAUGUACAAGCUCUUCGUUGACUUGUCUUCAAGAGAUCGUUCAUCUGGAACUCUGUUCUGUUGCAAGGUAAGAAAAUAAAUCUUGAACUCUGCUUUUAGGGAGCUUACUAGUCUAACUCUGGAUUCUUCUGCAUCUUCUUUUCGCUUUCUAAAGUCUGUUGCGAUGAAUGAUAAAACUCAACUGUUUUCUCAAUCCUGAAAUUAUGGCCGAAAACUAGUGAACGAAGGCGUGCACAUGAUCCUAUAGCUGACUAGGAUUUUAAUUUGGGAACUAUGCUGAGAUUCUUUAGUAAUUUGAUGUUUCCUUGUACUCUCAGUCAGAAUCAAACCGUUGACUAUCUUUAAUGAGAAACAGGAACUUAUUGACGAAGAAGGUCGAUGAUGAUAGCUCAAGAAUUGGGAAUAUAUGUUGUGGAGAGCAAAGGAGGAGCAAUAUUAUGUCUAUUGCUUUCUCUGCUCUGUUUAGGCACUUGGCCUGCUCUUAUGGCUCUUCUUGAACGGCGUGGUCGUCUCCCACAACAUACUUAUCUUGAUUAUUCCAUCACUAACUUUUUGGCUGCAAUCUUUAUAGCCUUUGUGUUUGGUGGGAUAGGUGAAAGUACACAUGAGGCACCAAGUUUCAUUACACAACUCACUCAGGUUAGAACUUGAAGGAUUUUGAUCUCUAUAAUGGAGAUUGCAUUGAUGAAUCUCUUGCUGCUGCUGCUACAGAUUCAAGAUAAUUGGCCCUCUGUGUUGUUUGCAAUGGCGGGUGGGGUUGGUUUAAGUAUUGGAAACCUUGCUACUCAGUAUUCUUUAGCUUUUGUUGGUCUGUCUGUUACAGAAGUGACAGCUGCGAGCAUCACCGUUGUUGUAGGCACUACUGUCAAUUACUUUUUGGACAACGGAUUGAACAGAGCUGAUAUUCUUUUCUCUGGUGUUGGUUGCUUCAUGGUAGCUGUUUGUCUUGGUUCUGCUGUUCACUCUUCCAAUUCUGCUGAUAUCAAGGCGAAACUCGGAAAACUCUCAGGGGAUUGUGAAACUGUGACCCCUGAAGAGUGCCAGAGACUAUUUGGAGUAGAAGAAGAAGAAGAAGAAGAAAAAGAGAUGGAGAAUGUAAAGGAAGGGUCUGCAGCUUUUCUUAUAGCACUCGAAAACAAAAGAGCAAUCAAAGUGUUAGGAAAGAGCAUGGUUGUUGGUCUGGGAAUAACUUUUUUUGCAGGACUUUCUUUCUCAUUGUUCUCACCACUAUUCAACCUUGCAACAAACGAUCAAUGGCACACUCUAAAACAAGGCGUUCCCAAGCUGAUUGUCUACACUGCGUUCUUCUACUUCUCACUAUCUUGCUUUGUAAUCGCGGUCGCUCUCAACAUUAGUUUCCUGUACAAACCUGUGCUAGACUCACCAAGAUCUUCCUUUAGAGAAUACCUGAGUGACUGGAACGGAAGAGGUUGGGCACUUGCAGCUGGAUUGUUAUGUGGGUUUGGUAACGGUCUUCAGUUCAUGGGUGGACAAGCUGCAGGAUAUGCAGCCUCAGAUGCUGUUCAGGCACUUCCUUUAGUAUCGACUUUUUGGGGGAUAUAUCUGUUUGGGGAGUAUAGGAGAUCAUCUACGCGAACAUAUGCUUUGCUUGUUGGAAUGCUGGUGAUGUUUACUGUUGCUGUGGGGCUUCUAAUGGCCUCGGCUGGGGAAAGAGAGACGCGAUUUACUUAGAGAGCUGAUCGAUAUGACCAAAACAGAUGGUGUCGCUCUUAAUAUGUUGUACAUUGUGGUUACUUCAAUUGAAAGAAAAUGUAAAUGAUUGCUGUUUGAUAUUCGUUUUUAUAAGAAAUGAAAUGAAUACAGAUAAUAUAUUAGUAGGUGCUA